AUGCGAGACUUCAGCCUGUUUGGUUCAAACGCCUUCAUCAGGACUUCAGCCUGUUUGCUUCAAACGCCUUCAUCAGGACUUCAGCCUGUUUGGGUCAAACGCCUUCAUCAGGACUUCAGCCUGUUUGGUUCAAACGCCUUCAUCAGGACUUCAGCCUGUUUGGGUCAAACGCCUUCAUCAGGACUUCAGCCUGUUUGGUCAAACGCCUUCAUCAGGACUUCAGCCUGUUUGGGUCAAACGCCUUCAUCAGGACUUCAGCCUGUUUGGGUCAAACGCCUUCAUCAGGACUUCAGCCUGUUUGGUUCAAACGCCUUCAUCAGGACUUCAGCCUGUUUGGGUCAAACGCCUUCAUCAGGACUUCAGCCUGUUUGGGUCAAACGCCUUCAUCAGGACUUCAGCCUGUUUGGUUCAAACGCCUUCAUCAGGACUUCAGCCUGUUUGGGUCAAACGCCUUCAUCAGGACUUCAGCCUGUUUGCUUCAAACGCCUUCAUCAGGACUUCAGCCUGUUUGGGUCAAACGCCUUCAUCAGGACUUCAGCCUGUUUGGGUCAAACGCCUUCAUCAGGACUUCAGCCUGUUUGGGUCAAACGCCUUCAUCAGGACUUCAGCCUGUUUGGUUCAAACGCCUUCAUCAGGACUUCAGCCUGUUUGGGUCAAACGCCUUCAUCAGGACUUCAGCCUGUUUGGGUCAAACGCCUUCAUCAGGACUUCAGCCUGUUUGGUUCAAACGCCUUCAUCAGGACUUCAGCCUGUUUGGGUCAAACGCCUUCAUCAGGACUUCAGCCUGUUUGCUUCAAACGCCUUCAUCAGGACUUCAGCCUGUUUGGGUCAAACGCCUUCAUCAGGACUUCAGCCUGUUUGGUUCAAACGCCUUCAUCAGGACUUCAGCCUGUUUGGUUCAAACGCCUUCAUCAGGACUUCAGCCUGUUUGGGUCAAACGCCUUCAUCAGGACUUCAGCCUGUUUGGGUCAAACGCCUUCAUCAGGACUUCAGCCUGUUUGGGUCAAACGCCUUCAUCAGGACUUCAGCCUGUUUGGGUCAAACGCCUUCAUCAGGACUUCAGCCUGUUUGGUUCAAACGCCUUCAUCAGGACUUCAGCCUGUUUGGUUCAAACGCCUUCAUCAGGACUUCAGCCUGUUUGGGUCAAACGCCUUCAUCAGGACUUCAGCCUGUUUGGUUCAAACGCCUUCAUCAGGACUUCAGCCUGUUUGGUUCAAACGCCUUCAUCAGGACUUCAGCCUGUUUGGGUCAAACGCCUUCAUCAGGACUUCAGCCUGUUUGGUUAAAACGCCUUCAUCAGGACUUCAGCCUGUUUGGGUCAAACGCCUUCAUCAGGACUUCAGCCUGUUUGGGUCAAACGCCUUCAUCAGGACUUCAGCCUGUUUGGGUCAAACGCCUUCAUCAGGACUUCAGCCUGUUUGGGUCAAACGCCUUCAUCAGGACUUCAGCCUGUUUGGUUCAAACGCCUUCAUCAGGACUUCAGCCUGUUUGGGUCAAACGCCUUCAUCAGGACUUCAGCCUGUUUGGGUCAAACGCCUUCAUCAGGACUUCAGCCUGUUUGGGUCAAACGCCUUCAUCAGGACUUCAGCCUGUUUGGGUCAAACGCCUUCAUCAGGACUUCAGCCUGUUUGGUUCAAACGCCUUCAUCAGGACUUCAGCCUGUUUGGGUCAAACGCCUUCAUCAGGACUUCAGCCUGUUUGGGUCAAACGCCUUCAUCAGGACUUCAGCCUGUUUGGUUCAAACGCCUUCAUCAGGACUUCAGCCUGUUUGGGUCAAACGCCUUCAUCAGGACUUCAGCCUGUUUGGGUCAAACGCCUUCAUCAGGACUUCAGCCUGUUUGGGUCAAACGCCUUCAUCAGGACUUCAGCCUGUUUGGUUCAAACGCCUUCAUCAGGACUUCAGCCUGUUUGGUUCAAACGCCUUCAUCAGGACUUCAGCCUGUUUGGGUCAAACGCCUUCAUCAGGACUUCAGCCUGUUUGGUUCAAACGCCUUCAUCAGGACUUCAGCCUGUUUGGUUCAAACGCCUUCAUCAGGACUUCAGCCUGUUUGGGUCAAACGCCUUCAUCAGGACUUCAGCCUGUUUGGGUCAAACGCCUUCAUCAGGACUUCAGCCUGUUUGGGUCAAACGCCUUCAUCAGGACUUCAGCCUGUUUUGGUUCAAACGCCUUCAUCAGGACUUCAGCCUGUUUGGUUCAAACGCCUUCAUCAGGACUUCAGCCUGUUUGGGUCAAACGCCUUCAUCAGGACUUCAGCCUGUUUGGGUCAAACGCCUUCAUCAGGACUUCAGCCUGUUUGGGUCAAACGCCUUCAUCAGGACUUCAGCCUGUUUGGGUCAAACGCCUUCAUCAGGACUUCAGCCUGUUUGGUUCAAACGCCUUCAUCAGGACUUCAGCCUGUUUGGGUCAAACGCCUUCAUCAGGACUUCAGCCUGUUUGGGUCAAACGCCUUCAUCAGGACUUCAGCCUGUUUGGUUCAAACGCCUUCAUCAGGACUUCAGCCUGUUUGGGUCAAACGCCUUCAUCAGGACUUCAGCCUGUUUGGUUCAAACGCCUUCAUCAGGACUUCAGCCUGUUUGGGUCAAACGCCUUCAUCAGGACUUCAGCCUGUUUGGGUCAAACGCCUUCAUCAGGACUUCAGCCUGUUUGGUUCAAACGCCUUCAUCAGGACUUCAGCCUGUUUGGGUCAAACGCCUUCAUCAGGACUUCAGCCUGUUUGGGUCAAACGCCUUCAUCAGGACUUCAGCCUGUUUGGUUCAAACGCCUUCAUCAGGACUUCAGCCUGUUUGGUUCAAACGCCUUCAUCAGGACUUCAGCCUGUUUGGUUCAAACGCCUUCAUCAGGACUUCAGCCUGUUUGGUUCAAACGCCUUCAUCAGGACUUCAGCCUGUUUCCUGUUCACGAGUACGUGGUUGAGUCCCCGGAGAUGGCUGAACCUGCAGGAAUAUCAGAGCAAGAAGCUGAUGCAGGACAGCGGCGUGACCGUGCAGCGUUUCUACGUGGCUGAUACGGCGUCUGAGGCUCUGGAGGCAGCGAAGAGACUCAUGUCAUCGCGGCUGCAGUCCAGGCGAGCUGACAGAGUCCUGGUUGGCUGUCAGCCGGUAAGGUGCCACUCUGGCGGCUGCGGCUGGACUGUGCCUGCGGGCUCAGUUUUCCAUGGACCAGAUUACAAUGAAGACGGUAUAUAUCUGCUCUCUGCUGUGAAGGCUGCAUGUCAAGGCCAGAAACCUCUCUUAGAGUCAGGCCCAUGA